AUGACCAACGAAGACGACACGAAGAAGAACUGUAGCGACGUCCAUGAAAACGUCAACCGAAAGAGAAAGAACAGCACCAACAGCAACGGCAAAGGCAACAAUACCGAAUACCAGAACUCAAAGAAGUUUAAUCACAACAACAAAAAUAACCAUGAGGGGCAAGAAGAAGAAGAUGAAGAGAAUAUGCUCUCUCUUUCUCUCUCGCUUUGUCCCACAAAACCCAUACGGGAGAUCCCAGAACAAGAAUCUUCACCAUUGCCAUCAGAACCUUUAGACUCUUUUCCAGUAACAAUGCCGCAACUGCCACAUCCACUUCAACUGUCGCCAACGCACGCCAUUUACGUCUCCUCGUUAAACGAGACCACCCUUUUACCCAUGUGCCGUCACCAAGAACCGGCUACCCAAAAGCCGUUACGUCUUCGAAGGAACCCGACACAGGCGCCCGGUGAAGGAAAAGGCGAGACGGUGCCAGCCCUAUUCCCGUGGGCCACAACGAAACGUGCCACGGUGCAGAGUUUCAAUUAUUUGGUGGCAAAGAAUAUAACCACCAUAAGCGGUGAUGUGCAGUGCAAGAAAUGCGAGCAACAGUACAAGAUGGAGUAUGAUUUGCGGGAGAAGUUUCUCGAAGUGUGGAAGUUUAUCGCAGACAAUAAGAGUAGUAUGCAUGACAGGGCUCCCAAUGUGUGGAUGAACCCCGUGUUGCCGACGUGCAAAUUUUGCGGACAAGAGAACAGCGCCAAGCCAGUGAUUCCACUGAAGAAGAAGCAGAUGAAUUGGCUGUUUUUGCUUUUGGGACAAUUGUUGGGUUGCUGUACGCUCGAUCAGUUGAAGUAUUUCUGCAAGCAUACCAAGAAUCAUCGAACUGGGGCUAAAGAUCGUGUUCUUUAUCUUGCGUAUCUCGGCCUGUGCAAGCAACUUGAUCCCAAAGGCCCUUUUGAUCGCUGA